CUUGAGUCUAAGACCCAGAGCAUAUCAUGUUGAAGAUGAGCGGGUGGCAGCCACAGAACCAAAAUCAGAGCCGGAACCUGAGGAGAGAGUGUUCCAGAAGGAAGUGUAUCUUCAUACAUCACCACACCUGAGAGCAGAGCCUGAUCCAACUGCAGACAUGGCAGCUGAGUCAUUGCCUUUUUCCUUCGGGACACUGUCCAGCUGGGAGCUGGAAGCCUGGUAUGAGGACCUGCAAGAGGUGCUGUCCUCAGAUGAAAAUGGGGGUACCUAUGUUUCACCCCCUGGAAACAAGGAGGAAGAAUCAAAAACCUUCACCACUCUUGACCCUGCCUCUCUGGGUUGGCUGACUGAGGAGCCAGGACCAGCAGAGGUCACGAACACCUCCCAGAGCCCUUGCUCUCCAGAUUCCAGUCAGAGCUCCCUGGCUCAGGAGGAAGAGGAGGAAGACCACAGAAGACCCAGGAAACGGAAACAGAGUGGCCAGUCCCCAGCUGGGGCUGGAAAGCAACGCAUGAAGGAGAAAGAACAAGAGAAUGAGAGGAAAGUGGCACAGCUAGCUGAAGAGAAUGAACGGCUCAAGCAGGAAAUCGAGCGCCUGACCAGGGAAGUAGAGGCGACUCGCCGAGCUCUCAUUGACCGAAUGGUUAAUCUGCACCAAGCAUGAACAGUUGGGACCAUCGCUUCCCCCUCGGGCCACUACCUCCCGUUCACAAAAGUGGCUGCCGAGCAUCUCCUCCAGUGCCAGUGAUGGGACCCUCAACCCCAUCUAGUCAGGAGUGGGGGAAGCUCGGGGUAGACAACAGGAAAGGGUCUCAGCAUGUAUAUAGAGAUUGUACAUUUAUUUAUUACUGUCGUAUCCAUUAAAGUCACUUUCUAUGA